UUUUAUUUCCAUCUCUCUCAUCCCCCGUCUUCUUUGUCUCCCUGAACUUCUUCACUCUCCCUUUCCUCAUCUAUUUCUCCAUCUGAUGAAGCUUCCUUCCUUUUUAGUUAUUUUUGGGUCUCACAGACCUUGACCUCAGCCUUUACCCUCUCUGUCUCCGGAAAAUUCGAUCUCACCCACGCGCGGUUGAACGAGCUGGUCGAUCACGCCGCCGGCAUCUCCCCCGGUGACGUCGUCGCCCUCACCUUUCCCAACACCGUCGAGUUUGUGGUGGUGUUUUUGGCCGUAAUCAUUUUUGCAUGAAAGCCCUUACUGCAUAUAUAUAUAUAUAUUCAUUUCUUUCAGCAGUCGGGUAUUCUCAUUGACGCCUGCGGCCUGCCUCUCUCUCUCGUCUUCCGCCGUCUCCCGCCGUCUCCCGUCGUCUCUCCUCUCUCUCUUGCUCGCUGCUCUGCCUCACCUAAGCUAUUGCACCGUAAAAGAUCUCAACCCCCUAUUACCACCUCCGAUCCUCACUCCGAAGAAAGUAGUUGCCAUUUUAACGACGCCGUUUCCUUGAAGUCCCCAGUACAAAAAACAGUACUUCAGCAGAGGCAGAGGCAUUCUUUCAACCUCCACUUCUCACGGAGAGUGAAAGGAAGAAGCAGCUGAAGCUAUGAAUGCUCCGGACCGUUACGAACGUUUCGUUGUCCCCGAAGGCACCAAAAAGGUGUCAUACGAGAGGGACACGAAGAUCAUCAAUGCGGCGUCGUUCACCAUCGAGAGAGAGGACCACACCAUCGGCAACAUUCUUCGCAUGCAAUUGCACAGAGACCCCAAUGUUUUGUUCGCUGGUUACAAGCUCCCUCACCCACUUCAGUACAAAAUUAUUGUUAGGAUACACACCACUAGCCAGUCGUCGCCAAUGCAGGCAUAUAACCAGGCUAUCAAUGAUCUGGACAAGGAACUUGACCAUUUGAAGAACGUUUUCGAGGCUGAGGUGACAAAGCACUCAAGGGAGUACUAAUAUGCAUUCAAGACAUGCAAGGAAGCAUUUGUCGAUUGUUGAUGUUGAGGGUGUUUAUUGUUGAGUGGAAUUUGAAAGGAAUGGGCUAAGUUUUAUGGGGCUUUUGCUUUGAAUGUGAUGGGUGUCAUGGAUUAAUGGACCUAAUACAGUCAUGUAGAAUAUUAAAUAUGUCUAAUGGAGGAUCAAUCUCAUUUUCAUGUGUACUGGUCUCUAGCGAAGUGCAUAAAACUAGUGGAUGGACAUAUGGAUCUCAUGUAAUAUAGUCAUCUUUUUGGGUUUCAUCUGUAAGCAGCCUCAUUGAUAUACUUUCUCUUUCGAAUAUGAAUGAUCGCAAUGCAGCAUUGUUGCCUCA